AUGCUGUCGAGACUCAGCACGUUGAGAGUAUGCUCGAGGAAAAUAGGGGUUCUAAGCCAACGCUCGGUGUACACGCUGUCCAGCUCCGUUGCAUUCUGCAGCAAGGGGUCGCUCGCUGCCUACAAUAAAGACUCUGGCGACGACGCAUACUUGCUAUCGACGUGGAUCGUGCCGGGCCCGCUUCAGGGAGCUGCGCUUGUGGGUGUUGCGGACGGCGUAGGCGGAUGGAAGAAGUACGGCGUCGAUGCCUCUCGUCUCAGCAAAGGGCUGGCCCUAGAGAUGCAGGAGCAGUUUGAGCGAGACGAGGGAGCUGAUGUCUUGCCUACCUCUCGUGGCCUACUCAACAAGUCAUUCGAAGAAUUGCUAAAGCACGGAGAUGAGUACGCGGGCGGCACCACUCUGUGUUUUGGUCUUCUGCACCCAAUUACCGGGAUGAUACUGCUAGGCAAUCUAGGUGAUUCCAUGUCAAUCGUCAUUCGGCGAGGCAAAAUUGCGUACUGUAGCGAGCGGGACGCUGUUGGACUAGCCCCCAGACAGCUUGUUAUUCUACCUGAUAAUCUUAUACAAAAGCACAAACAAAUGUUCACCGCUGCAGGCCAGGUUCCGGAGUGGCCAUCUUGGAUUCGCACGCAAACCACGGAUUUAGUGGUAGAUCCGUUCAAACUAGAGCAUGGUGACGUGAUAAUAUUUGGCACCGACGGCCUCUUUGAUAACGUGUAUCAGAGCUUCAUCGUGAAGGCCGUCAGCGAUGCCAUGCUAGAUAACGGCAGCUGGUCAGAUGCAUCUGGGGAAAUAUUGCCAAAAACAAAAAUAUCCGGAGAGGCAAAGCUGGCCGAACUGCUAACAAAACGGGCCUAUUACAACUCUUUGGAUCCUAGCUUUGCCUCCCCGUUUGCGACUCGAUCAUUUCAGGAGGGACUUCUGCUUCCCGGCGGUAAACCGGACGAUAUCACCACAGUCGUGGCUAUGGUCGAUGCCCAUAGCGUCAAUAGCCAGGAUUCGGACCUCUAA